AUGGGUUCAAGAAAAAAUCAGCACGAUGAGCGUCCAAGUUUUUCAGAAGACUCUGGUAGUGAUGCAUUUCGAAAUAUGAAAGAAAUAAAAAUAACAGAAAAUAUAAUCCGUACAAUCCACUUUUGGAUCGGUCGAAAUUGUGACUCAAGCAUAUCAGGAGCUGCAGCACUAAGAACAGCGGAAUUGGAUGCCCAAGUAAAUGCAACUCUUCUGUUUCGCGAAUCUGAGGGCCGAGAAAGUUCGCGUUUCAUUGGAUAUUUCAGCAAAGGACUGACAAUUGAUUACAUUGAUUAUUUUGACAACAAACCGGAGAUAUUAUUGUACCGCGUAACUGGAUUAUCGGUACCGAUUAUCAAUGAAUGUGAUUCAAUAAAAUGGGAUCACUUUUCAUCAACUGAUGUGAUAAUAAUUGAUGUAAAAUCACAUGGAGUAGUAUUUAUUUGGCUUGGGUCAUCAUCUUCAGCACUAGAUCGCCGACAUGCGAUGAAAUUUAUAGAAGAGCGUGGAUAUAUUAAUAAAAAAAUAAUAUUUGUUGAUGAUGGCUACGAACAAACGCUACCUGAUGAAGAAAAAAAAUUAUUUUCAAAUUAUAAAUUACGUUCAGUAAUUCCGUAUAAUAAAUCUAAAAUAAUAAACAUACCUGCUCCGGUGAUAAAACUCUACAAGUGCAGUGAAAAAUCAGGCAAGUAUAAAGUUGUUGAAUUAAAAUCAGGACCGAUAUUUCGCAGUGAUUUAAUAUCAUCUUCGGUAUUUUUUAUUGACCGAGGCGAAGCCGGGGUUUGGGCUUGGGUUGGAAAUAAUGUAAAUGCUAGAGAAAAAUUAGAAGCUAUAAGAAAUGCAAGAGGGUUUGUUAAAAAAAAAGGAUACAGCAGUUGUGUACCUGUUGCACGUGCUAUUGAAAAUUAUGAGCCCAAAGAAAUGAAGAAACUUUUACGUCCAUGGGAAACAAUUUCUACUCCUAUUCAUAUUCUUGAGACAUCUUUUGAUAGUGAUUAUAUGAAUGAAAGGCCCAAGUUAGCUGCUGAGUGUCAGUUAGUUGAUGAUGGUACUGGUAAUUUAAUUAUUUGGAGGGUCUGUGAAGAAAAUAUUAUUUUAGUUAAUAAAAAUAAUGAAAAAUCUUUAGGAUUUUUUUAUGCAAGUGUUUGUUAUAUUAUUAAAUAUACUUACGGCAGUGGAAGAAAAGAAAAAUCUAUUAUUUAUUAUUGGGAAGGAGCGCAUUCAAUAAACAGUGAUAGAGAAGCUGGAUUAGACUUUGCCUGCAAAUUAGCUGAAGAAACAUCAGCACAAAUUGUAAAAGCUUCACAGGGACGAGAACCUCCACACUUGUUGCAAAUUUAUAAUGGAAAAUUAUGUAUUCUUGCUGGAAAUCACAGAGAUAUUCCACCGAAGAAAUAUCUUGUAAGAGUAUUUGGUUCAACAUCUUACACAUCAAAAGCUGUAGAGCGGCCACUAAGAGCAAGUUCGUUGGAUUCAGCAGGUGUUUUUAUUUUAUUUUCUGAAUCACCGGUUGUUUGGUGUGGUGGAAAAAGCACUGGUGAUACUCGUGAAGCUUCACGACGAAAUGAAAUUUUAAAUUUAUCACAAUCUAGCUUACUACCCGAAGCUGCAUGGCUAUUGGACACAGCAACAGUAAUAUGGAUCUGGCUUGGCAGUCUUUGCGAAACAAACAAUAUUAAAAAAUACAUCAAAGAUGCCGGUGUAUUUUUACAUACUCACUCGUCAACUCGUGAUCGUAAUACGACAAUAUCAAUAAUACAGCAGGGUAAAGAACCUCCUACUUUUAUUGGAUUAUUUGAAAAUUGGAAUCAUAAUUAUUUACGUGACUAUCGUUCGUUUGAUGAAUUUCGGUUGUCAUUAGACAGCAGUUUGAUGAAAAAACCACAUCAAAAUAAUAAUAACCACAGCAAUCAAUUGAAUUUUAAUUCAAAUGAUUACAAUUUUACUACCAACAAUAAUAAUAAUAAUAAUAAUAAUAAUAAUAAUAAUAAUAUUUCUGUAUCAAAUUUUGAUGCUUAUAUUAAAUAUCCAUUAAAAAUAUUGAAAAGUGAACCUGAUAAUUUACCUAGCGGUGUUGAUGUAUUUCAAAAAGAAAUGCAUUUAACUUACGAUGAUUUUUUAACUAUUUUUAAAAUGAACCCAAUUGAGUUCAAUAAAUUACCAGUUUGGAAACGACAACGACUAAAGCAAGAAGCUGGUUUAUUUUAA